GCUGAGUUGAACUGUAUCGCGCGACAUUAAAAUUAACCGCGUAAUUCAAAAAUGGAAUAAAACUGUCGCUGUCAAUUAGAUUUAUUUCAAAAUGGAUCUAGUAUCGGAAGCUAGCAGCGGGUCCCGUGUUUUGGCGGCAAGGCAUAUUGCAACUCAUCUACCCGAAAUCAACAAAGCUGUCAACACAACAUUGUUGUGCCACAGUUAUAGCAUUACACCUGACACAGGAUCUUACUAUGCAGCAUUAAACACAUACACGUGGGUAAUAUUCCUUUGCGGAAUAUUUCUUUUACUCGCGUUAUGCAUCCUAUAUUUUGUAACUCUGCGCGCAGCGUGGAGUCAUUGGGCCGAAACGAAGUUGAAUGUUGCUGUCGUACUCAGCAUUUACCCUAUCGUCGCAGCCGCGGGGUUUGUGACGAUAUUGGUCCCUCGAGCCAGAAUAAUCUCUGAGGCGAUAGCGCAAGAGUCUGUGAUGAUUGCGAUGUAUCACCUGUAUUUCAUGGUACUCGCUGAGUGCGGUGGCGCUCAACAACUAGUAAGACGGUCAGGAGGAUCUCAAAUGGAGACCCGGGUGCUACCGUGCUGUUGUUGGCCAUGCUGCAUCCUGCCACGACCUCAAGUUAAGAAAAAAAGCCUAACAUGGCUUAGAUAUCUCGUACUGCAGAUGCCGAUCUGCCAAGCCAUUAUUUACAUCAUCAUUCUCAUCCUGUGGGCAGAAGAUAUGGAAUUAUACGUAAACAGUUUCGUGUUCAUCCAGCCGUUUAUCGCAGCGUCUAUACUUUCUGGGAUAUGGGGAAUGAUGAUGUGCAUGAGGGCGGCGGCGGCUACCGGCGCCAGGCCAAGGGCGAGGUUCCUGUUGGUGCAAUUGGUGCUCAUAAUUGUGAAAGUGCAGUGCGGAGUUGCUAAAGUAGUCCCGGAGCUGUUUAUGUUACCUUGUAUAAUGUCUUUGCAUCCCACUGUCGUUGUGCAUAUGAUUCAAAACAUGCUUAUGAUGUUGGAAAUGUUCUUUCUGUCUCUUUGGGCUUGGAGGCUCUACUCCAGUCCACCUGGAAAAGUUGCGGAUAAGGUUCAACGAGUUGUGAUCGCAGUUCUCGAAGACAGUACUAACUCACUCGAGAAGUGCAAAGACUUUGACGAUAAAUACAACAAUUCCGAUAUUAAGAUAUAAAUUAAUUAAGUAAUCUGUUUAAUAUUAAGGACACAGAAUGUACCUGAAUUAUGUACGAGUUUUAAUAAAAAAAAUCGGA